GCCGGUGCCUGUCCCAGGGAGAAGUCGAAGGGCAAGGAGUUCAACGACGUCAUCCUUGCUGCCGGGGACGAUGGCGAGGCCAUCCUCGGCUUUGCGAGCCGGCGCCUGCCUGAGCUCAGCGUGGUGAACGCGGCCACCGCGGUCCACCGCCUGGCCAAGUGUCAGGACUCACACCGGAUUGGCCGAGACGACCGACUGACUGCGCUUUUCGACCGGAUCCUGGAUAUUUUCAGGUUGUCUGGAGGAGACGCACAGCUGAAAAGCCAGUGGAAGUUUCACGUGGAUACGCGGGCGCUGACCAAUGUUGCCUGGUCGCAGGCAAAGAUGCUGAUGAAACACCCGCUCCUCAUCAGGUACAUUUCUAGCCAGGUGCUCGACUGCGCCGCCGAGUGCUCGCCGCAGCAGCUGGCAAACUGCGCCUGGGCCUUUGCCAGAAUCGAGCAUUGUGAUGCAAGGCUUCUCGCGGUCCUAGCCAGCCAGGCUGCCAGGCGGAUCAGAGAGUUCAGUCCACAAAACCUCAUGUGCAUGCUAUGGGCCAGCGCUCGGCUGCAACUCUCGCACGCGGGGCUCCUGGGGGCUGCAGAGACCUUCGCGAGAGAUAUGCAGAGCUUUACGGCGCAGCACCUGUCCAUUGUGGCGUGGGCCUGCGCCACCUUGGGCGUCCGGAGUGCCCUGCUGGAUGGCAUCGCUGUGGAAGCUGCCAGAAAGAUGAGGACCUUCACCGCGCAGAAUCUGGCGAACCUGGUUUGGGCUUUCGCAGUCCUGGAUGUGCGCCACCCGAAGCUCUUCUCGGCCGUGUCGCUGGAGGCCAGGAAGAAGUUGCAGGAGUUUCACCAGCAGCACUUGUGCAACUUGGCUUGGGCCUUCAGCGUGGUGCAGCAGCCCGACGAGGAGCUGCUGCUCCCCGUGGCCGAGAUGGUGAUCGAGCGUGCUCCUGGCUUCAACCCGCAGGGCCUGUCCAACAUGGCCUGCGCCUUUGCAGUACUUGGCCUCGCGCAUCACAGGAUGUUCGAGGUCAUUGCAGAGGUUGCAGUGGACAAGAUCCACGAGUGCAGCCCCCAUGACUUGGAGUCCUUGGCCUGGGCCUUUGCGCGCCUGGGGGUCUUCAAGAAGGACUUGAUGAGACACAUCUCCCAGGCUGCAAAGUCAAAGGUGCAAGACUUCCAUCCAUUGGAUUUUGCGAACAUUGCCUGGGCCUUUGCGACCCUUGGAGAGAAGGACGACGAGCUCAUGGAGACGCUUGCGCGAGAAGCAGAGAACAAGGUCUCUACUUUCUCCUCCCAGGCGCUGGGAAACUGUGCAUGGGCGUUCUCAAGCCUGAGAUGUCCAGGUGCAGAUCUUUUGCUGGGCGCCAUAGCAGAUGAGGCGCGGGGCCGCGAAUUGGACCCGCAGCACCUGGCGGCGCUGCUAGAUGCGAAGCUUUGCUGUGACGAGAAUGGCAGGCGCCUGGGCGCCGUCCUUUGGCGCUUUAUGGAGGUCUUUCCACAAAGCGAGGCUCAAUGGCAGGGGGAGGAGUAUUGGAGCUUCUUGCAGAAGCUGCAGGUGGACAAUUUCGGGCGCUACGGCAGCAAGUUCCUCCUCCAGCGGAUGGGCAUUGCAAAGGCAGAUCGGACGUUCACCGCGAAGGCUUUGCGAGAGGUGACAGGGUACAUUCGCGAGAACAACACAGUGCUGCAGGGACUCACCACUCAGGAUGUGUUGCACAAACGCGUGUGCAGCUUUGCAGAGUUCAGCUUUGUGGUGCAGGGCAGACGCUGUGAGGGCGCCAUGAUCCGGGAGAACGGGUAUUGGACCAAAAGCGCUGUGAGGGGUGGCAAAGCCCGAUGGCUUCGGGCGGCUCAUCUCAAGGUGGGCGCUUUGGUCGACCGAAGCCUUUGCAGCGAGUUCCAGCUGCUGGAGGAGCUUUGCGACCACCUUGAGGCGUGCGGGCUUUCUCAAGGCGCGGAGUCCGUGGAGGGACUGCUGCAGCUCUUCAUCUCCACCACGCCCUGUGUCUCCUGCCUGGGCGCGCUGGGUCAAUUCCGGCAGCUCUUGCCGGCCAUUACCAUGGAGGUCUCCUUCGGACAGAUGCCGAUGCGGCAAGGCUGGCAGAAGGAUGCGCUCCACGUCGGGUGA